AAAAACCGUUUAUUACAAAGCUGCGUUUUGGCAGUGACCAUUUUUUAAUAAAUGUUUUACCUUCGAAACGAAGCUAUAUACCUUUGCAACGUUACAAAAUAAGCAAUAAAUUGAGCUUUUUUCAGCAUGUUUUUGAAUUAAAAGAUUAUUUGUUAAACAUGUUUCCCCGAAACUUCCAAGGCUCGGAAAAGCCGAAAGACACUUUUCGGUUACCACCCCGCCAAAGUCUUUCCUUUUUUGGAAAGAUAUUUGUAGCUGCGUUACUUGCGAUGGUUCUCUUAUCAAUAGUGUUCGCAGUGUGUGGCCAUGGAAGAUGGGUGGAGGGGGACUUCGGCUACUCUGCUCUGUGGCGAGAGUGUGUGAGUGUGUUCAGUGAGUUCUACGGAAGAGUCAUCGUCAGCGACUGCUACGACCUCACUCAGUCUUCAAACGAGACUGGUUACAACACAGCCCGGAUGUUUCUCAUCUUCUCCCACUUUUUCGCCGCCUUCCUCUUCAUCCUUCUCGGCCUCAAUGUCACUCAGCUUCACGACACUCCUCGGAAUGAUGCCAUUAAAAUCCUAUUGGCAACUGGACAGUGGGGUUUCAACCUAUUGGCUGCUUCUAUGAUUACGUCAUACAAAGGCAACCAAUCAAGUUUGAAGAGUGGGUCUUGGGCUUACGGAUGUGUUCUGACUUGGUUUUCCUGGUGUAUUUCUUGCGUUAUAUUGGCGCUCGUUGUGCUGUUUCUGGUCCUAUCAUCAAAGUUCAGAAAAAACUAAACUUUUCCUGUGGCAGCUAUUUAAAAUUAACUAAAUAUAUUUCGGAGUGCUGUCUGUAAUUAGACAACAGCGUUUUUCAUACUAAGUAGACAAACAAUUACUGUAUUAACUAAUAAGAAUGGAGAUAAGAAAGCAAACGUACCGAAUAAUUAAUUAACAAUUGUUCUUGGGUACGUUUGUUUGUGAAGAUUUGAGUUUUCAGAUUUCCCAGAGAAACGAAAAUUCAACCUUUUAUUCCAGUUUUCUGAAAUUGAAUUAGUUUUUAUCAAAAACGUGUCUGUCAUAAAUUGUUUGUGAUAUUGAGCUAAUGGGUCAAAUAUUUUUUUGAUAUACGAAAGUUGAAGUUUUCAAAAAAAAACUGUUUCCUAGCAGGCAUUGGCUCUUCUAUCUUCCAACUGGUUGUUGACCAUGGUUACAUAGCAUUAUUUAGACAACCGCGUAUUCAUACUCGGCAUUAA